CUUAAUCGGGUAGCCCGCAACCCCGGUGUCCUCACACAGUUGAAAACACUGAGUCCUGCAAGACUCUGCUUCCUUCAACGGAUCCACGCUCCCACGAACAGUGAAGACUAUGAUAUCCCACCAUCUUUUCACGUUGUGGAAUCCUUUCUUUCCUUUUCCUUCUACUUCAGGAUUUAUAAUACUCCGUUCUCAGCUAUUCUAACUAGUUGUUUCGCUUCUUUCUUUUGUUGCUCUUUUCGUUUUGUCCCUUUCCGAGAACAGCCAUUUCGCCUGCCGAUGGGAACAAACCCUGUUGAAUCUCAUCUUAGUUAUCUCAUUCACCCAGCUGGGCACCCAAUCUUUUGAUUCGUUUAGUUCAAUAUAAAUGGUUUCUGCAUUCUGGCGCUCUCCCAAUUUGCCUCUGUUGGGAGGAAUCCCAUGGAUCUCGUUUCUCCCUUGAGUUCUGCUUAGUUUUAUCGUGGUAUUUCAUUGCUCAUCUGCAUUUCUUAUACGUUUUCUUGCUCGAUUUGUAUCGGUUAGAGUUGCUUUAAACAGCCAGUACUGUGAUAGAUUUCAUAGAUGGCUAUAGCUCGUAUGGUUCGCCAAAACAAACGUCCAUUUGGGUUAUGUGUAAAAAUGACGGCAGUGACUCUGUUGGGCCUUUGCUUUAUCUUUGUGUGGUCAGUUUUUACUUCUCCCUCCUCCACCGUAACCACCCAAAGGGAAAGCUUUGACGACAUUGCUGAACCCGUAUCUGCUAACGUGAGGGAAAUGAAUUCUGGGGUUCAAACAAAGAAGAUAAAACCCGAAAAGCACGAGGAAUCAAGCAAGGUAGGUGAUUCGUUGAGAGAUGAAAUUCAGAAGGACGAGAAGAAUAGGAAAAAGAUGAAUGAAUCAGUUUCGGUGUCUGUUAAACACCGAGAACCUAAGGAAAGAAACAGGAAGGCGGGGACACAUAACCCGAGAAAGGAACAUAAAGAAAAUAAAGAGAACCAGAAUCAGGAAUCUGGGAAAUCAGAUGGUAAAGAAUCAGAGGAGGACAAGGAAGAAGAGCGGGAUGAUCAAGAAGUAGAAGCUGAAGAACAAGGAACAGAUCGGGAAAGUGAAAUGGAUGUGGAUACAGAUGGUGGCAACCAGUUAAUUGAGUCGGCUGAUCAGGAUUCUGAGGAGGUGGAGGAUGGAACAGUGGAGUCAAAAAAACCAACCAAGAAGAAGAUAAAAGGACCGUUGUUUGAUCCAAGAGCCACUUAUAAAUGGAAAUUAUGUAGCACUAGAGGCAAGCAUAACUACAUUCCAUGUAUAGAUAUUGAAGUUAAUUCUGGAAAGCUGCAGAGCUAUCGUCAUACAGAGAGAAGUUGCCCUAGAACGCCUCUAAUGUGUUUGGUUCCUCUUCCUCAUGAAGGAUAUGGCUCUCCCGUCCCAUGGCCCGAAAGCAAGUCGAAGAUAUUGUACAAGAAUGUGGCACACCCAAAGUUAGCGGCAUACAUAAAAAAACAUAAUUGGUUGGUGGAGUCUGGAGAAUAUCUUACAUUUCCCCAAAACCAGUCUGAACUUAAGGGCGGGAUUCUCCAUUAUCUUGAGUCCAUUGAAGAGAUGGUACCGGACAUUGAGUGGGGGAAAAAUGUUCAUGUUGUCCUGGACAUUGGUUGUACAGAUCUGAGUUUUGGAGGUGCUCUCCUUGAUAAGGAGGUUUUGACGUUAUCACUAGGCUUAAAGGACGAUCUGGUGGAUCUAGCCCAGGUGGCCCUAGAGCGUGGUUUUCCUGCAGUGGUGACCCCUUUUGGUAGAAGGAGGCUUCCUUUUCCUGGUAAUGUCUUUGAUGCUAUACAUUGUGGGGGUUGCGGCAUAUCGUGGCAUUCCAAUGGGGGUAGGCUUCUUUUAGAGAUGAAUCGGAUACUAAGGCCUGGUGGAUACUUUCUUCUGUCUACUAAGCACAACAGUAUUGAAGAGGAAGAAGGAUUGACAAAAUUGAUGGCAUCUAUUUGUUGGAAUGUUCUGGCUCAUAAAAGUGAUGAUGUUGGUGAAGUUGGCGUUAGAGUAUAUCAGAAGCCUGAAGCAAAUGACAUAUACGAAUUGAGGAGGAAAAAGAUCCCCCAACUUUGCAAAGAAAAUGAAAAUCCUGAUGCAGCCUGGUAUAUUCCAAUGAAGUCUUGUUUGCACUCAAUUCCAUCCGGGAUUGAACAACAUGGGGCAGAGUGGCCUGAGGAAUGGCCCAAGAGGCUUGAAUCUUAUCCUGACUGGAUGAACAAUAAAGAAAAGAUGGUCGCGGACACCAGCCACUGGAAAGCUGUGGUUAACAAGUCAUAUCUCAACGGAAUGGGCAUUGACUGGUCAAGUAUCAGGAAUGUAAUGGACAUGAAAGCCAUCUAUGGAGGAUUGGCCGCAGCUCUCUCUGAGCAGAAGGUGUGGGUAAUGAAUGUAGUCCCUGUCCAUGCACCAGAUACACUGCCCAUCAUCUUUGAACGUGGCUUUGUUGGCAUCUAUCAUGAUUGGUGCGAGUCAUUUGGCACUUAUCCAAGAACAUAUGAUCUUUUGCAUGCUGACCACUUGUUCUCACGCCUCAAGAACAGGUGUAAGCAGCCAGUAUCCAUUAUUAUUGAGAUGGACCGUAUAUUACGGCCUGGAGGUUGGAUGAUCAUGCGUGACAAAGUUGAAAUUCUAAAUCCAAUCGAAGAUAUAUUAAGAAGCCUUCAAUGGAAGAUCGUUAUGACUUUCGCUCAAGAUAAGGAAGGAAUCGUAUGUGCCCAGAAAACAUUGUGGAGGCCUUAAUUCUUUCUUUAUUUCCCAUUUGCUUUUGCUAGAGCGCCAGCGAAUGCAACUAUAUGAUAUUAAGGAAUUUUGAUCCUUAAUCUUGUGUGAAAGUUGACUUUUUUUGUUCCUCCUUGUGGCUGUUAUUUGAUGUCCAGCCAGCAUUGUAUAUUAGAUGAGGAUGAGCAACUUUCUUUGUUUGUGAGUCAUAAAGUCAUAGCAUAUUUUUUUUAAAAAAAAAAAAACACAACACUCUUGUUUACUAGUUUCAAUUUAUUUAUUGCGUGCAAUGCAAUUAUUUUUACUUA